UUUGGUCCAGCUACUUAAAAUGAACCGUAUUGCUCGCAAUUUCACUUCAAAGCCCUCUUCCCGCGCUCGUCUUCUUCUUCGUACCCAGCCGAUCCCUUCUUCUCCUCUUUUCUCAAGCCAAACUCUAGCCCUAAACCAGAACCAAUCUAUAGUUCAAUCCUUUACCCGCUUCUCCCUCCAUGGACCCCUCUCCGAUGCCAUGACUGCCCUCGAAAUCCUCCAUUCACGCGGCCUCCGCGCUGCUGACCCCGUAGACUACCUCCACCUAAUCAAGCUCUGCCUCUCCGAUGGAGCCACUGAUGCAGGCCGCCGAAUUCACAGCCAUCUCGCCUCUUCAGGCUAUCUUCCUGUCCUCUUCCUCUCUAACUCUCUCCUUGGAAUGUAUGUCCGCUUCGGCCUCGUUGAUGACGCCCGCCAAAUGUUCGACAGUUUGCCCUUUAGAAAUGUUGUCUCUUGGACUACAAUGAUCUCUGCACUUAUUGAUAUUGAUCUUCAGAGCGAUGCUCUGUAUUUCUUUGUCUUGAUGCAGAGAGAUGGAAUUAGACCAAACAUGUUCACCUUUUCAUCUAUUAUACGAGCCUGCAACACUCUGAGCACCCUUUGGGCAAUGCACUGCUGUUCCAUCAAUCACGGAUUGGAGUUUGAUGAUUUUGUUGGAAGCUCGCUGAUCGAUGCUUACUUCAAAUGUGGAGAUUCUGAGAGUGGUCGCCUGGUUUUCGAUGAAAUGAUAACAGGAGAUCCUGUUGUGUGGAAUUCUGUCAUUGGUGGUUUCGCACAGACCGGCAAUGGCCACGAAGCUCUGAAGCUGUUCAGACAGAUGAAAAGAGCAGGCUUUUUAGCUAAACAAGCAACUUUAACCAGUGCUCUGAGAGCUUGCACUGGUAUGGUCUUUCUAGAAAUGGGGCAGCAAGUUCAUGUACAUUUGCUCAAGUAUAAAUCCGAUUUGAUUCUGAACAAUGCGUUGCUUGAUAUGUACUGUAAAUGUGGAAGCUUGGAAGAGGCAGAAUAUAACUUUCGAAGAAUGCCUGAGAAAGAUGUGAUAUCUUGGAGCACAAUGAUCUCAGGCCUUGCUCAGAAUGGAAGGAGUCUGGAAGCAUUGAGACUUUUCGACUUGAUGAAGGCGGAAGGAGCAAACCCUAACUACAUCACCAUGGUGGGCGUUCUUUUUGCUUGCAGUCAUGCAGGUUUAAUUGAAAAUGCUUGGCACUAUUUUCGCUCCAUGAAGCGACUCUUUGAUAUAGAACCAGGAAGUGAGCAUUAUGGCUGCAUGGUUGAUCUUCUUGGUAGAGCAGGGAAGCUUGAGGAAGCUGUGGAGUUUAUCCAUGAAAUGGAAUUCAAACCAGAUGCUAUUAUAUGGAGAACCCUCCUUGGAGCAUGCAGGGUUCAUAAAAACGUGAACUUUGCUGCUUAUGCAGCACAAGAGAUUCUGAAACUAGAACCUGAAGAUGAAGGGACUUGCAUAUUAUUAUCGAAUAUUUAUGCAGAUGCUAAGCAAUGGUCAGAUGUGGAGCAGAUGAGGAAGAUGAUGAGGGAUAGAGGCAUUAGGAAAGAGCCUGGCCGGAGUUGGAUGGAUGUUGGGAAGGAAACCCACGUCUUCAUUGCUGGAGAUUUCUCAAAUGCUCAAAUGGAGGGUAUCAAUAGAGAACUGGAGAGGUUGAUCAGCAGAAUAAGUAGAAUGGGUUAUGUGCCUGAUACUGAAUUUGUGCUGCAUGAUUUGGGGAGAGAGCAGAAGGAAGAGUCUCUUCGGUAUCAUAGUGAGAAGAUGGCCAUUGCUUUUGGAAUGAUGAAUUCAACAGAGGGAAAGCCAAUCAGAAUAAUGAAGAAUCUCAGGAUCUGUGGAGAUUGCCAUGAAUUUGCGAAGCUUGUUUCAAGGACUGAAGGUAAAGUGAUUGUAAUAAGAGACCCAGUUCGUUUUCAUCAUUUCAAGGUUGGAGCUUGUUCUUGUGGAGAUUACUGGUAAUAGAAAGGUCAAUCAUGGAGUUUGAGGUCUGUUAUGUGAAGCUGAAUGGCUGACCAUAUGAGGUAAAGACUAAGAAAUCUUGAGAGCUGAGAAGUAUAUGUGGACGCUUGAAAGAAAAAUAAUCCCUGUAUUGGGAUCCUGAGUGAAGACUGAAGGUGAAGGGCAAAUCUGUUAAUCAUCAUUAUCAUCAUCCUGAAAUGCAGUAGAGAGGGAGUUUAUUGUCUUACCUUUGUAUGAAGUUCCAACGUAAAGAAAGUCGAAAGUAGCUCAUAGGAGACGAGAUAUUUUUUACAUGGACACCUUGAAAGAGGAAAAGUUAUGAGGUUUGGCUCAACUGAAUCAAUUCUGCUAUUAUAUAUUGUUAAUUACAAUCGAUUCUCUUUCUUAUAGUUGGAGAAGACAUCGUUAUUAUAUGGUAGAUAUGAAUUGUGAAGGAUGACUUCUAUGGUGUAUGUUGGAAGAGCCUUGAGAUGUUGGAUUUAUCUUUAAGUGAUCAUUAGUGGUUUGAUCAGAGACCAAGAAGUUCACCAAUUUGUUCUGGUGUUGACGGAAGACAUUGGCAUUGGUAUUGUUGUUAGGUGUCAACAAUUAUUACUGAUGGUGUGUGUAGGCAUUGGUGUCGAUUUUGCUAAAUUGUUAAUGUCAAUAUUGGUGUCACGAUAUUUCAUAUUUGAGAUAAACAUAAAACAAUACAAUACAAGCAGCAAAAUCAUGUUUGGGAUAAGUUUGAAAAGGAUCGAUUACAGAUGAGUAUCUAUCUCAGCUUUAACAGAUAGAAAAAGAGAACAAAUGUAUUAUAUAUGAAAAAAUUGCUGAAAUUUCUACUGGAGGAAAAACCUUAACUGUAGUAUACUCCCAGAAUAGUUAUAUUCUCUGGAAUUUCUUAGAAAAGACUUCCUAGUUUCUUGAUAUAUCAGUAAUACGUUCUUUGUGAGAGGAUGCAUGCUGAACUUGAUAGUAGGCCAGCAAGGCAGCAAUCUAGUUAUUAAAAGAGGUAUCUGAAUUUUUAAAAAUUUAUGUACCUGUUUUGGUUUUUCUGAAAUUAUAAAAUUACAAAUCUGUUAAUAUGGGAGCUAUAAUAGUCAACACUAAGCACCUGCUUGGGGAAGUGUUUUUGCGGCACUGAUAUGGCAUUGUCUGAGUAGGUGUUUGUUAAUUGCAAGGUAGCGGCAUUUUCACACCGUGGUACGUUAUAAUGGCAUUUUAAUAAUGCGGUCAUUCGUGCGCUGUUCGCGUUUUGAUAACUGGUAAUUACUUCAAUAUCCUAGCUUUUCGUUUUGGAGUGACUAUCUGUGCCCUAGCUCUUUGUUUUUG